AUGAGGACUGCGGCGCCUUAUCCAACCGUUGAUCCAGUGUCGGCUUCAAAUCUUCUCUCAAAUGCCAUUGCAUCAAGAAAGAAACCACUGAUAAACCCACUGAGGUAUUUUCGGUGCUUUCGUCGGAUAUUUCAUGGGAGAGAGGAAGCAUAUGGAGCACUAUGGCUUUGUAGUUUGUAUAUGUUCAAUUUGCAUAUACCUUUGGGUAUUGGAGGCUUUUCUAUAGUUGCCAAUGUAUUGCAUCAACCUGCUCUUGAUCCUCAAACUGAAGCAUUAUCACUGCUUGUCUUCCAAAUUUUAGAACUCACUGGUUCUCUCCUUCUACUUAGGAGCACUGCUAAGCCAGAAUAUGAGGUAGUAAGCUUCUUCAAAACUGAUAAAUUGUCAGAGAAGAGGAACUGGCUGCUGGCAUCAUUACUGGGUUUUGGCUUUCUGAUUUUGUUGGUCUUCCUGACAUCACUUGUUGCUGACAGACUAAUUGGACCCAAGGUUGCAUUAGGUUGUGAGCAACCCUAUCGUGAAGGAGAUUCUUCGGAGCAGCAACAUCUCGAAAGUUGUCUGCAUCCUGGUUUAUUGCCUUGUCACCCCCUGCUGGAAGAAAUUGUUUGCAGAGGGUUUCUAUUGAAAUCUCUUGCCUCUACCAUGAACUGGCGGCAGGCAAUUUUUCUUAGCUCAGCUGUUUUUAGUGCAGCUCACUUCUCUGGUGAGAAUUUUAUUCAGUUGUUCAUAAUUGGAUGUGUCCUUGGAUGCUCCUAUUCUUGUUCUUGCACCAGAAGUUUUGCUGUGGUAAAGGGGAGUGCAAUCACCCAUUUUGGCAGUGAAGGGUAG